GUCUUUAAAAGGCCAUCUUUGCCAGGCUUCAGGUCUUUUGGCCUGCCCUCAGUGAGACAAACAAAAAGGGGAAAUUCGGGGUUCAGUAUCGGACCCCUGACCUUUUGGUUAUAGGGUGACCACUCUACCCCCUCAGCCACAGCCACCCUAAGAGCACGUCAUACUCAAAUAUUUCUGGAUGGAGCAUCAAAUAAGCUCCUGGAUAAAAAGCAGACUGACCAAUUCCCCCACCAAUUAUACAACUACUGUGAAGGUGAGUCUCUGAGGAGCAAAAGAACUACGCUAAUAAAUCUAAUUAAGGCCCCUCACUACACUGGACCCAUCAGCCGCUGCUUUCUUGCCCUCAUCUCCCACCUGCCACAACACUUGUGCCCUGACCAUGGGGGCCCAGGUGAGGUGACUGGCAACAGCAGCACCUGGCAGUGAGAUGGAGGGAUGGCAGCAGAUGGCACGGAUGUCACCACUUCCUCCCUUGUGGAAACCUCUGACCAAAUGAGAGGGAUGAGGAGAGCAGGCUGGGUUAUGCACAGGAUUAGAAAUGGUAGAAGAAAGGGAGGAGGGGCAUACUUAGGACAGAAUGAAGUUAGGGGAAAUAUGUUUAUUAAAUGUUUUAAACUGAGGUGCAAGACCACUUCUUGUGGAACACUGAAUUUAGAUUGACCUGCACUGGCUGAGUGUUUACAUGUCUGGAAAAUGCCUUAUACAUGAGCCUGAAAGUAAAAACUUUGAAAUCAAUGUUAAUUCAUGUGAUUUUAAACUGAUUGCAAACAUUUGCUCCAGAAAUCCAUGAAUAUGCUUUUUUAACUUGUGUUUUUAUUCCACUGUCCAUCCAUUUUCUAUACUGCUCAUACUUUGAAGAUCAUGGUGAGAGCCAGUCCCAGCUGUGAUGGACAAGAGCUGCAGUACACCCUUGACAUAUCGCAGGAUGCAGAGACAAUCAUUCACAUUCACACCUACAGUCGAUUAGAGUCAACUUCUGCAUCUGUUUUUCUUAAUUAGUCAUGCAAUAGGUUUAAGGUGUACUGUGCCAUUUUUAUUUAAUGGAAAAGAGGAGAUGGAACAAAUUGGUUGAAUAGGAGAAUAGAAAGUCACAUAUUAACUAAGUGUUUCCUUAUUGAUAUUCAUAUUUUUUUUUCUUCCCAUUUCCCCCAAACUACAGGUUUUACUUUUGGUGUUUUUGGAAUUGAUCAAAGUCUUGUGGGUCUAGAGAAAUAAAAGGAAGACAUGCAAGGGCUCUUAUAAUGCAAAAUAAUGUUAUAGGUCAAUUAAUUGUUGGUUAAUGGUCCCCUAAGGUGCACCUGAUUGUGUGUCUGUGAAGACAAUAGUGAGUUGAGGCAAUAGCCACAGGAUGGUAAUCUUCUCACUGGAAGUUAAUCGUGCAAAUAUUUGUUUCAAAUCCUGCAUUAUUUCAUAGUAUUGUUUGCCAUCAGGACACAUUUGAUCCAGUGCAGGUGUGGCUGUAGGUAGUUCUGCUAUGCAUCGAUUAUUUAUCACUGGGACAAGGCUGCCUUUGUGAUUGGCUGUGUGCUCUGGAGGAGGCCGGAGUGGGUGGGGAGCUUUGAGAGCCUCUGCCUGUUUCCCGUUGUGUCUCUGGCUAAAGCCACACUGAGCAGCAGCAGCAGCAGGAACAGAGGAGCUGGAUGAAAGAGGGACGAAGAGCCGAGAAAAUCCCCAAAGUUUGAGGCUGCAGCUAUUCGGGCUCAACACACACAAGGACCAGGACCAGGCUAUGAGGAGUCAGCAGCGGGCCACUUUUUCCUCUUAACAAAUGCCUGACAGAGGGAUCCAUACUUCAAGCUGAUGAGGAGUGAGCAGUGGGGGAAGUACGUGUGUUCAUGAUGGUGGACAGGCGCUUGAAGAAUGCAUCGAUACAAGACGUAUUGCCCUCCCAGUUGUGUCACUGUACCGUUUUGUUUUAAAAGGUGGUGGUUUAGAGGGAGCUCCAGUGAUUCUUCGUCUCAACCAGGAACAUCUGUCUGUGAUGUCAGCACAGCUGGAUGAACUUGGUGAACAAGACUCGACUUGAUGAAGCCACUUUUACUUUGUGACUGACAAAAACUUACCUUCUGAGUCAUUUUCUACCUCUCACUGCUUGUCUUGUCAGGAGAGGCAGUUUUCUGAAGAGAUCAUCCCAAAGGGAAACAGUGAAAGUAACUUAUUACAACACCUGACAGCUCUCUGACCUACUUAUCACGCUUCAACGAGCUGAGCUGAAGGAAAAACUUUGCAUUUAGCAGGUGCCACCAGGGAAGGUGUUGCGCUGUUUUAUAUUCAGGGCUAUUGAUCCACUGACCUCCUGAUCUAAUUAGUCACAAACAAACGCCCAAGCAUAUGAACACCUGGUGUUGCCGGUCUCUGUAGACGCUUUAAAUAGCCUUGUGAACACUUGUCUCUGGCUCUUACUUCAGUGACAUAGCACACACACAGACAGUGAUCAGAAGGGUGUUUGUGUUUGGAUUAGCAGGGGGCAGUGUCACAUCCUGUCUACAUUGAGUGAGGGUGAGAGCUGAAGUGGCUCUGAUAAAAACGAAAAAAACCCAUACCUGCCCGAGGGUAGGCCACUAAAGCUGGACGCCACAGAGUUUGAUUAAAUCGCUUCCUCGAAAUGUGCGAAACUAAAAAGUAGUCCAUGUUAAAUGAAAAGUGCGUGUGUGCAUAUUCAUGUGUGUCUGUCACAUUGUCGGAGCAGAUUAGGGCUGGGCCCGUCUGGGUCAUGUCACUCUGACUGACCUAGAUUUGAUUUAAUGUGUGUCCCGCUGUGAUCACAACACACACAUCUAUUACUGUAGUCCUCUACUUGUUAACUACCUGCUAACUUAGGCUACCUAACUUCAUCAGCCAACAAACAGGGUCCACAGUAUAAAACCUGUGCAGCAUCUUUUUUCAUUAAGCCUCAUAUUAAGGUCUCAAGUUUGGCCUCUCUCAUCACGCUGCCCCUCAUGAGCACGUUCCCUUCGUACUCCGCAACUCCUCCCAACACACCAACCAUCCAGUCAGUGUGUAAACCCUGCCUUCGGGUCCCGUGGAGGAUGAACGAUGUGCCCACCAUUGACUACGAGUUGCUGCUGUCCCCAGCCAGCUCCUCCCUCCCCGGCAGUCCUGGCGGUGGCAGCAGCAGCCCCCCUCUGACCCUGGUUGGGGUGGACAAUGAGCAGCGCACCGCCUUGGCCUUCGUAGGCCUCCUCAUGCUUUUCCUGGUCUUCCUGCUGGUCAGGUGCUUCAGGAUCCUGCUUGACCCCUACAGCCGCAUGCCUGCAUCAUCCUGGACUGACCACAAGGAGGGGCUGGAGAGGGGUCAGUUUGAUUAUGCACUGGUGUAGGGUGGCCUGUCAACAGGGUGUAGAAGAGGGAACAUUUCAAAGUACAGAGACACAAUCUUUUAUGGCAUAGUCUAGUUCAGAGAUGAUGAUGGUCAGUGAUGAUGCAGGGUAUACUAAAGUAGGUUUACCUGAUGUUACUGCAGUCUGUGCACUGGUGUAAAUAUGAGGCUGCUGUACCUUAUCCAACCAUAACCAGAUUGAUCCAACAAGAACCACACCCUGCAAGCCAAACACUCAUCCAAGCCCAGAAAUAAUAAGCUGCACAGCUGCCUUAACAUGAACUAAUGUAUGAGGCGAACAUGCCGCCACAUUACAACUUCACCUUUAGGGCUAGUUUUUCCAAAUUCGACUUGUCAGAUUACGACAUAGUUUUGAACCUCAAAGUUGCAUUCAUGAUGAGAACACGCAGGAAAGACACAGUUUACACUUAAGCAGACGCCCCUUUAAAUGAACCAAGGUCCAUUACAAAGCCUCCAUAUGUUGAUGUGCUGAUCCUGCAGCACAAACCUCACGUGUGUUUUGAUUUCGGACACUGAGCAGCACCAGACGAGCUCCAGAUGCUUUUUUAAGGCCCGAGCACGUAGUUUAUGUGUCCAUAAAACCUUGUCUGUGUAUGUUUUGUGUGUUACUGUGUCUAUAACUGAGAAGCCAUAUUGAAACUAUAUAAUCUCUUACACUGCAAGUAGAAUUUAGGUUCAUUGGUUGUGUCCGUUGCUUUAGUCAGCCUGCCAAGUGUGGUGAUGAAGCAAACAGCGACUUUUAGGGGAAAAAAGCUUUAUUUUUCUAUUCCUGACUCAAGUUUAAGAGUCUCCUUUUUGCUAUCUUUCUGUCCUUCUCCCACCGUAUCGAUCCUUAGACUGUGGGUCUUCAGAGGUUGUCGCAAAGCAGGUAGCUUUGCUCGUUUGUGUUUUGUAACCACAGAUUUUUCUGACUAUCUGCUUUGUUUUUGAUACACUGUGUUGAAAUCGGUGAAAUGAAAAGAAUUCCUCCUUCAAUUACUCUUUAAUUUCCACUGAUAGCUGGACUGUGUGGAGGGUGAGAAUGAAAUAAAAAUGAUUACUACUACUACUUCAUCAUGUGUCACAUUUGUCAGCCACAAACAUGGUGAGAAAAGGAAAGAAAACUCAGGCACACAAGUGUUAAAAAUAUAACCCACAAUACUUUAUUGCCAUUUAUGUCAUUAGACAAAAAGUGUACAAUAUGAUAUGAAUCACUCUGAUCUUACAGACUGCCGUUUGGUUUCUUUGGUUUUUAUUUUGCACAAAUAUUGAUCAUAUUAAAAGCUAUCUCAUGAAGGCUGACUGAUUUAUUAAUCCUCGACUAGUAGAUGUGCGACUGUGAUGAUUGUCGUAUCUGACUUUGGUAUGAACAUGUUUCAGGCUUGUGCUGAACAUUCCAACUACUGAAACUUCAGGCUCCUUGUUUUCAAAAGCACGCGAUACUUCGAUGCAAGCAGAUGACGAAAGCAUUGUUUCAAGUUUGACACUGACGCUGAGAUACAGUAAGCACACGCAGCACACUGCCUUUUUCUUUCUUUAAACAUAGUGGCAAAUAAAAGAAAAAAUACAAACUGACAAUAAAGAUACAAAGUAUACAAAGGUUCCCAGGUUAGAAAAUGGUUAUGAGUUAUAAACAUUGCCUCGGCUGUGGGACAGUGCAGCGACCUAGACUGUUAAGAGAAAAAAAAA